UUCACGACCCAGAGUUCCCCUGACCAGACCAGAGGGGCUUUUUUUUUUUUUUUCUCUUUCUGGCAGGGAGGCAUUAUGGGUUUGUGCCCCUCCCCCAGCUGGGAAAGGAAGUGUCUACGUGGCCUGCGGAAAUAGGAUAGGCGGAAAUGAGCUAAGGUCCCCGCGAGUGGGGAAGAGCGAGGUCAAAGUAAAGCCACGCCCCCGAGCCUGUUGCGCAAUUCUCCGAGCAGGGGAAAAAAAAGGCAAAAUCGAAGUUUUGAUGUGUGUGCGCGAAUGGGGGUGAUAUCUGUAAGGGAGGAGGACUGAGAAGCUAGAGAGAGAAGAUAUUCCAAAUCAAGCUGGGGAGUGAAGACACAGUGUGGGAGGUGAUCAUUCUACUGUAGAAGAAAUGGGGUUAAUAAACAAGAAUGAGGGAGAACAACAGUCCAAGCUCAACAACUCUGAUAUGUCCAGUGAAGAUCAAGAAGAAAUCCAACAAUCAGAAGAGCAUACUCCAGCAGGGCAGCAAACACAAAGAGCAGACACACGGCCAUCCAGAUGUCAAUUGCCUUCACAUAGGAUACCUAUAACAUCCACCAACAGGGCAGUCAGCCAUCUUGACAUCCUUCCAUGGUCUAUCCAGUGGAUUUCUAGCCUGUAUCAACUGCCUGAUGUUCUUCCGUUUUAUCCUGAAUUUCUUUUGUUUUUUGAAGAAGCUUUCCAUGAUAUGUCCCAUUGUCUGAAAGCUCAUGUCAAAGAGAUUGCCCUACUUAUCAUCUUUCACUUCUCUGCACUCUCCACCUUCUAUUUCCAUCUGCAUUUCCUCCCUGUACUUAUUUUCCUUUCUUCCUUUAUCACCUUGCCCGACUUCCUUCUGCUUUUUAUUAUUCUUUUCAUUCGUCUUCUGAUUCUUUUAUUUCAAUAAACAACAGUAAUCACGAGUACUGCAUUUGUUUGCCUGUGUUAUCUCCUCAAGUUCUUAUAACCCUGGUGGUAACUGG